AUGCUGAAGUCUGCUUGUGUUCUGCUUGUGUGCCUGGCAUUUGCAAAUGCUUACUACAAAAAAGGCGGUAAAGGGGGUCGAGGAGGCGGUUGGGGUGGACGCGGCGGUUAUGGAGGCAAGGGCGGCUACAGCAAUGGUGGCUACGGAAUGAGCAGCGGUGGAUAUGGUGGCAAGGGAGGCAAUGGUGGUAUGGGCGGUUAUGGCAAAGGUGGCUAUGGAGGCUAUGGCAACAACGGAGGAUAUGGCAACAACGGAGGAUAUGGUGGCAUGAGCGGUUAUGGCAAAGGCGGAUAUGGCAAAAACGGUGGUUAUGGCAACAACGGAGGCUAUGGCGGCAUGGGCGGUUAUGGCAAAGGUGGCUAUGGAGGCUAUGGCAACAACGGCGGCUAUGGCAACAACGGAGGCUAUGGUGGUUAUGGCAACAACGGCGGCUAUGGUGGUUAUGGCAACAACGGAGGCUAUGGUGGUUACGGUAACAACGGAGGCUAUGGUGGUUAUGGCAACAACGGCGGCUAUGGUAGUUAUGGCAACAACGGCGGCUAUGGUGGUUAUGGCAACAACGGAGGCUAUGGUGGUUAUGGCAACAACGGAGGCUAUGGCAGCAUGAGCGGUUAUGGUAAAGGUGGUUAUGGAGGUUAUAGCAACAACGGAGGUUAUGGCAACAACGGAGGUUAUGGAGGCUAUGGCAGCAUGGGCGGUUAUGGCAAUGGCGGCUAUGGCAACAACGGAGGCUAUGGCAACAUGGGCGGUUAUGGCGGUAGCUACGGUAGCUACAGCAAAUAUUUUUAA